ACAGAGCUUGUGCGUGUAACAGUAACGGUUGCUUCCAACAAAGAGAGCCAUGGUUCAAGCCAAAACCUGGAUUCUAAAGCAGCACUUUGAGGGCUUUCCUAAAGACUCCGACUUUGAGCUGAAAACAGAGCAGCUCUCUGAGCCCAAAGAUGGAGAGGUUCUUCUUGAGGCAGUGUUCCUUAGUGUGGAUCCUUACAUGCGACCAUAUAGCCGCGUUCGAAUGCAAGCAGGAGAUGUGAUGAUUGGAACUCAAGUUGCCAAGGUGAUUCAAAGUAAUAAUCCUUCAUUUCCUGUGGGCUGCCAUGUGGUUGGUCGAGGUGGUUGGAGAACACAUACAGUGUCAGAUGGAAGUGAGCUCAUCAAACUUUUGGAUGACUGGCCUCAGGAUGUCUCCCUCUCCCAUGCACUUGGAGCCAUUGGCAUGCCAGGGUUGACUGCACUCUAUGGUUUGGAGGAGGUCUGUGCCAUCAAACCAGGAGAAACCUUACUGGUGAAUGCAGCCGCAGGGGCCGUUGGUUCCGUAGCGGGUCAAAUUGCCAAACUAAAAGGCUGCAAGGUUGUGGGUUCAGCAGGAAGUGAUGAAAAGGUGGCAUACUUGAAAGAGAUGGGCUUUGACCAGGCUUUCAACUAUAAGACUAUCUCCUCUCUGGAGGAAGCACUGAAGAACGCUUCACCUGAAGGAUAUGACUGCUAUUUUGAGAAUGUGGGCGGCCCUUUUUCGAGUGUUGCUAUUGCGCAGAUGAAGGCGUUUGGACGUAUUGCUGUGUGUGGAGGAAUAUCGUUGUACAAUGACACCAGUCCACAAACAGGUCCUUAUCCACACCUGCACAUGAUUUUUAAGCAGUUGAAAAUGGAAGGUUUCUUGGUGAGCAGGUGGGAACAUAAAAAUAAAGAGUCACUUAAGCGAAUGUUGACCUGGAUGCAAGAGGGAAAGCUGAAGUGUAAAGAACAUGUUACUGUUGGGUUUGAAAACAUGCCUGCUGCGUUCAUGGGGAUGCUGAGGGGAGAAAACAUUGGAAAAGCUAUAAUUAAAGUCUAAUGGCAAGUGUUCACUGGUUUUGCCAUGAAAUUACAAUCUUGACAUGUUUGUUAAAGGCUCUGCAUUAAUAACUGCAUAUUUUCAUGUUGUUUCCUUUAUUUUGUUUUACAAAUAAAAUCUCUUUUGUAAAUCA